AAGACUGGUUCAGUAGUAGGCUGGCAGCCAACACGCGAGGUUCUUGCUGGUGAGGAGUAGCGGUUUCAUGUAUAAGCACGUAUUACAGUGGUUCGAGAGGUCUCUCUAGGCGUGUGUGCAGGUUGUCAGUGUCUUCGUUUUCUAUGUGACACUACUUUUGUGCUUUCAUUCUUAUUCAGUGAAGUGUCUGCGAACUAAAGGUAUCCUAAAAGAAGAACUUAUUUCAUUCUUGGACAUAGGUCGUCCAAACCAGGUUGACAACUAUUAAUAUUUAAUAAUUUUAAAAUAAGUUUAUUCACAUUUCUGAGGUUUUAUGAACUUCUGUGAUGGAUGUAGCGAAGGCCAGUUACUCGUUCGACUUCAAAAAUUCUUGAACGUUGAUGAAAAAUAUUUGAAAAUUGUGUGUAGUUAAUUGCGUUACGAAAGAACUUUCAUCCCAUGUGACAGAACCGCCUGCCGCAAGUGACCUGGAUUCCAGACUGCAUCUGCUGAUCAGAGGGACGUGUACGAUUUGCAGUUUAACGGUGGAACAUUCCGCAUGACUAAUUAUUAGAGCGUAAUGUCGCCAGCGAUUCAGAUGACAGACGAUGGUGAGACGAGUGAGGAGGCCCACUAGGGGUGAUAUGACCGCUGCAUCGCGGGGCUGCAUGCUGCCCCUGCUCCUGCUGCUUGGAUUCCCGCACUCCGCCGUGCCCCUGGCAGUGAGCCAUCAGGACCUCGAGUCUCCCAACAGGGCCUGUGAUGGCAAGGGGAGUUGUGAGCUGGAGCCGGGAGCGGAGCGCUCUCGCCUAGGCGACCACCUGGGCGACUGGAAGGACCGCAAUUGUCUGUGUGACGCGCAGUGCUCCCGCUAUGGCGACUGCUGUCUCGACUCGCCACACUUCGUGGCUGCAGAACAGCGUCGCGGAGCUGCGUCCUUCACGUGCGUCGAGCUGCGUCAGUUCGGUGGCAUCUAUAUGCUGACGUCGUGUCCACCCGAAUGGAGCGACGUCGGAACGCGGUCGAGGUGCGAAGAUGACAACCCUAGCCUACGAGACCCAGUGGCGACGAUGCCAGUGACGAGCCACAGUUCAGGGCUCACGUAUCGAAAUAUUCAUUGCGCCGUCUGCCACGGAGACAUUUAUCCCAACAGCACAGACGUGUGGAAGCCGAGACUUGAAUGCCCUAAUCUGAUACAAGGUCUAAUUCCAAACUUGACAAGUAUUGAUAUAUCCCGUGCUCUCAUCUUUGAACCAGACCAGAAUUCGUGGACGCUGCGUCUCCCUUCUCACAAAUCUAUCAAACGUUACAGCUGUAACUUGGACCCUGUGCUUCCGGAUACUUCUGAACACAUCGUGCGUCGUUGUCCAGCGGGCAUCAUCCGCACAUGUGCUCUCAAUUGGACAAACACGGACGUAAGAAAUAGGUGUGAAGCAUAUACAGCUCUGGUGUUCUAUCAGAACGACGGCUACAGGAACGCACACUGCGCCAUCUGCAACAACGUCCCAGUUCAGAACCUCGCCUGCGUUAGGGCAUCAAGCCGUGUGUCUGUAUAUGGAAAGGAAUUCAGCCCCAAAGCCUUCGCUGUUCUGUUUGAUCUUACUGGUGACUCUGGAAAUAUCGUUGGAAAGGAACGGGCAUGUUCUAGUAUGGAUCAGCUGUAUGACCCGUUCUUCAGACGCUGUCGUGACGUCAUCUGUUCACUGGAAGGGCAGAAUUACAUCGAGGGUCAUUGCAUCAGUGUUUUACCUCCUGUCGAUUCAGGUGAGGAUUAUCCUGUAGCCAGCGGCAAGCAUCGUAAUGACAGCGGUGCACUUGCAGACGAAAGUAAGUCGGAUUAUUUCCGUAACUGCCCGAAGUUUCUUCUCGAGUCCGACGAGUAUGAAUUACUGGACGAUGGGACUCUGAAUGUCCCGGCCUAUCACCGCUCGUACCCACAAAACCAGUUUUAUAUCAGGAGCGACGGUCGUCUGGAGAUCUGCACGGACGAGGGUGUGGAGUACGUGGACAAGUUCAAUCCCAGCAUGAGUUACGUGACAAUGGCUGGCCUCGGCGUCUCCAUUAUUUUCCUGCUGUUACACUUGACGGCGUUCAUGUUGCUCGCGGAACUGAGGAACCUCUCAGGCAAGAAUCUGGCGUCUCUGUGCGUUUCUCUACUCGCCGCCUACACCGUCUUCAUAGUCGGUCAGUUUCUAGAGGUGGGGAGCGAGUCUUGCAGCGUGGUAGCCGUGGUUACCCAGUACUUCUUCCUGGCGUCCUUCUCGUGGAUGCUGACAAUGGCCUUCGACGUGUGGCGGACCCUUCGUCUUGCCACGUCGGAACUGCGUGUCUCCGCGGGGGAACAGUGGCGGAAGUUCGCUCUCUACUCCACCUGGACCUGGAUGGCGCCCUUAGUCUUCGUAGUAGCAGCUAUCGCCACGGACUCUGCUUAUGAAGGUUCUGUGGUGCAGGACUUCCGACCCGCCUUCGGCGUGAAGAACUGCUGGUUCAGCCACCGGUACGCGCUGCUGGUGUUCUUCGCGCUUCCGCUGGCCCUGGUGAUGGUUCUCAACAUCGCCUUCUUCUCCUCGAGCGCCCACAUGAUCUUCUCGACCACGUCCACGACUCGUUUCACCUCCAGCAGCGGGACACAGCGUGACUUCCGCCUGUACAUCAGACUGGCGCUCGUCAUGGGUCUCACGUGGACCGUGGGCCUCAUCGCCGGCUACCUCAAUGUCGAGGGCCUGUGGUACACGUUCAUCGCCCUUAACACUCUCCAGGGUCUCUUCAUUUUCCUUGCCUUCACCUGCACCGAGAAAGUUGUUAAAGCCUUUGGCGAUAACCUCAGCAGGUGUUGGAAAAGAAGUCAGCGUCGCAGUGGCUUGCGAGUGGACGGCAAACAGCACAGGGUUCCUUCAUUCUCAUGGUCAGGAGCCUCCAGUUCGAGCACAAGGAAGUCUCAAUUGGGCUCCAGUAGUGAGUCGAGCAGCCAGCAUAAGAAUCCGCCAAAUAUGGACACGCUCUAUUGAAGACAACGGAAGCUGAGGUGCGAGAAUACGGAUUGACCAAAUUCAGUUACGACUUUUAAGUGUCAAUUUUCUUCAAAUUCAUAAUUUUGGCCUGUGAAAAUAUUUUUAGAGGACUAAAUAAAAUAUGAUUUGGAAUAUAA